AUGGAACGAAGCGUUUCUCCAUCAGUGAGAGAUGUUCCAUCUUCAAGUGGAAGCAGGUUGGCGACGUCGCUUUCCAAGCUUUCGACGUCUGGGAAACAAUAUCACAGAUUAAGUGCUAACGAUUCGAUCUACGGAAUCUCGCCGAAGACCAGCUAUGGUUCAAGGUAUACGACUCAUGGGUUCACCCCGUCGAUCGAAAAUGUCAAAGAAGACAAGAGCGCAGAUUUUGAGACAGAUAGGGUAAAACGCUAUGUUGCUCCGGGUCAAAUUCGAUCAUCUGGACUGAAAUACUCUCUUCAAGUGUCCAAGGAAUUGUCCAGUAUAGAUAAAAUCAAUGACCCACGAAUGAGAUCAAUUGUGAUUGCCGGCAAAAACCAUCUUGGUCUCUACGAGUUUGACAAAGAUACGGAGAAAAUACGAUGUGUACAUGACUACCUUCAAAACAGCGGUGAUAGAUCAGGAAGUGUGCGAACCUUCAAGAAAAUAAGUACCAUAUCCGACGUGAAGACAGGCUUUCACAAUCACAAAAACUACGUGGCGACCUGUGGUACAUCAAACUCGGUUUCCAUUUACGACAUCAACAAGGCGAAUGCCAAUAGCGGGCCCUUAGCCACUGUCUUGUCCAAACAUACAAGGUCGAUCAACAGUGUUGAUUUCAAUAUGUCACAAACCAGUCUCAUCAUAAGCGGAGGACAAGAUGGAUGCGUGAAAGUGUGGGAUCUUCGAUCAAGUGACCGUCAUCGAAAUAAAAGCGAUAUCACCAUCAACAGUGGAUCUGAUUCCGUAAGGGACGUAAAAUGGCAGCCAACUUUUGAUACUAUCAGUUAUGAUUCAGUGCCCGGCUUAGCUAACAGAGGUCACAAAUUUGCGUCAAUCCAUGAUUCGGGACUACUGCUGACUUACGACCUUCGGCAGCCAUCGCAAGCUGAAAACAGAAUUAAUGCACAUACAGGACCCGGACUUUGUCUUAGCUGGCAUCCCGUAAACGAAUAUAUUAUGACGGGAGGAAGAGACGGGAAGUGCUGUCUAUGGAAUGUUAGCGUAAGAAAUCCAAACUUGGUUGGUAAUCCCGCUACACACCAAAGCAAUUCUUUUGGCUCCGCGAGUACAUUACUCACGCCUACCUAUUCUAUCAACCCGACCGUGACGGCAUCAGACGUUUUGAUUAACACCGCGCAUCCUCUCACCAAGCUGAAAUUUCGGCCCUCAAAUGUGGAAAAUGUCUUCAACUCAGUGGUUGCCCUAUCUUCUUUGGGGGAAAACUCUGAUGUCUCUCUUUACUCACUGAGUAGGCCGUUUGUUCCGAAAAAUGUUUUAACCACAACUACACCGUCUUGUGGCUUUGUAUGGUGGGAUGAGAAUUUCAUUUUCAACAUUGACAAGCAGAACAUGAUCACUGGAUGGGACCUUGAACGUGAACCCACUGCUUUGGAUAACCUUUCAAAAAAUGUUAUAGGAUGGAGAGACAUAGAGGGCGAUGGAAUGCUAUUUGUUUCGCAAAAAAGAGGAGGAUACGAACAACUUCAAAGGUCUUCAAGCGAUACACCGAUCGACAAGCACAACUUGUCGCAGAGUCGAAAAAGUAUAAAUUCCGUGCAUAACUUGUUUUCUGGUAGCAACCUGCGACAAAAUUCGAGUACCUCGUCAUUCUCUGCACUAGGCUCACAGCACGGCACCAGUUCGGCUUUCAUUGAUCGUCCCUCGUAUCCUCGCAGCAGCACUUCACACAAUUUCAAAAACUUACAUGGGCCACAAUUAGGAUCCUACACCAAUCAGAGCUUUCAACACCAUGAUUCAAUUGCAUCGAUUAGUACUUCCUCGACCGUCGCAGACAGUGGUAGUGAGUACAUCUCUCCUCGAAUUAUAAGUUUGGACCUACCCCAUCUCAUCAAUAGAAUCAUGAGCUCACGUUCAAUGAAUUCAGUCAAUAAGUCUAAUACGGCAGAUUUUUCAGCCCUCAAGGAGUCUCCUGUGGAAGUGUUUAAGUUCUUAGCAAGAGAGCUCAAAUUUUCAUAUGAUGAGGAAGCACCUAACACAGCUACAGAUGCAGAAGCCCACACGCCCAGUGAAGCAUCUACUCAAAGUGAGGAUGACAUUGACAUAAAAACACAUUUGAUCAAUCAGUUUGGACUCGCUGAGGAUAACACUUGGACUAAGUUUAUUAGAAAUGCCCCGCAUAAAGACAAAGACGUAAAUGAGCUUGAUAGUGAGCGUCUACCUACAGAUGCAGAUACAUCGGCAAUCUCCUUUAAAAGCGAGUAUAGCUCAAAAACGAACCUUGAUAAAAUGGAUAAGUCGGUGCACUCGAAACAAAACAUGUCUGUGGAGGAAAAGAAUGUUGCACUAGCGAGGCAAAAAAUCGAGCAUUUCAUUGAGCUUAUUGCAAUAUGUGAUCAUAACGCUGAGACCUAUCUAUUUGUUGAAGAUUUGAGUAACUUCAAAAUAUGGAUGAUGCUGAGAGAUGCACUGCUUUGGGACUUAAAAGAAGUAGCCGAUAAGGUCAAGUUAGACUCCUCGGACUUUGUAUCGGAUGUCAUGGACAACAGUGGAAAUAUAUUGGACGGAUCACACAGAAUACGUCGCUCGUCAGAGGCAUCCGAGUAUAGCAGCUUCAGUGCUAGUGAAAUAGUCUCAGCUCAACAUUCUAAUAGCCUUUCAAAACAUGGCGAUUCGCUAAAUCAAGAUAAUUUGUCAAGAGCGACCUCAAGCCAGAACAUUAAAGCCGAGACGUUACAGACUUUGGAUGGUGAUCACGAGCGUAUGCCGCUGCACUUAGGUUCGCGGCGGACGACAUCCGAGGUCAACGCAUCAGAAAGAGGCAUUGGUGAGUUACGGAAGCAACAAUCGCUCGCCGAAGAAUACGAUGAUGCUGCUAUUGAAGAAGAAUGCGGAGACGGAAACGAAAGCCAGGGAAACAAAUCUCAACAGCAGAUGCAGGGAAUACCUAUUCUUCCCAGCGCAGGUCGAAGGAUAUCCUUUGUCGAUAACUUCAUCAAUAAUUUGAGAUCUCCCAAAGGUACUCAUGACGAUCGUGGCCGGGACAGUGAUUCCAACACUAACAGAACGACACAUUCAUUCACCUCUAAAAGAUCUGCACCACCCAGUUUUGGCUCUUCAUUAAUUAGUCCGGGCUCUUCAAAACCACUAGGGACACAUAGCAACUAUUAUGCGAAUAGUUUUGCUAGUCUCGAAGAACCCUCAGAAGGAUCCUUUCGAAAACCAGUGAAUUUGAAUGAGGCGCUCGGUAUAAACCUGAGCCCGGAUUCAGGUACUCAGCAUUCGAGAAUAAGUCAAAUGCUAAAGAACAAGAAACAGAAUGAAGUGAUUCCUCCAUGGGACUCUUCCAAACUGAUCAAAAAACACUUUGAUGAAUCAGUCGAAAAUGGUAAUGUUCUCCUCACAGUCGCAAUCAUUCUACUAUUCCAGACUACUUUCCGCGUCACCAGCACUUCAGUGGUCAAAAACGCGCUAGCGGAGUUUUUCAAUGUACUUCACAAGUACGAAUUGUUUGAGACCGCGGCAGACUUGGUAAAAUUCUGUCCUUGGGAUGACAUCUUGGGUUCAGGUACGGGACAAUGCACUGUUAGAAUAUAUUGCGAGAAGUGCAAGAAGCUUCUGGUCAACGAACGGUCCAAGGAAAAGUUUAUGAAUGAACGCAAGCAAACUGGAAAUGCAGAUGUAAUGAGGAAAUUUGGAUACUGGUAUUGUGACGCAUGUUCCAGGCGCAACACGCUUUGUUCUAUCUGUGAACGACCUCUGAAAAAGCUCGCUAUGUGUGCGCUAAACUGUGGACACAUGGGACACUUUGAAUGCCUACAAAAUUGGUUUUUGCAUGAUCAAAUGGAUAGUUGUCCAUGUGGAUGUCCUGGGAAGCUUAUAUAA